AUGGAGGUUGGUCCUCUCCUGAUUCUGGAGUACCCAGGAUAUGAUGACCUAAAUGCUUGUGCUGAUCCCGGAGCUCCUGAACAUGGAUACAAGACACCCAGUGCGGGUGUUUUCUUUGAAAGUGUGGUAGUCCGGUUUCAUUGCCAAGAAGGAUACAGGCUUAAUGGUACUUCAAAAAAACUUUGUGUGAGACACUUUAAUGGCUCCCUGAGCUGGAAACCAAGUGAUAAACCUGUGUGCCUACAAGAAGUCACAGAUUGCCUUGUUCCACAUGUUGAAGAUGCAGAGAUUCAUAACAAGACAUACAGGACUGGCGAUAAGUUAAUAAUCAGCUGUCAUGAAGGAUUCCAGAUCCGUUACCCUGACUUAGACAACAUGGUUUCAAUAUGUCAAGACGAUGGAACAUGGGAUAAUCUACCCAUUUGUCAAGGUUGCCUGAGGCCAUUGGUUCUUCCUCAUAGUUACAUUAACAUAUCUGAGUUCGAGUCCUCCUUCCCCGUAGGAACAGUGGUGUAUUAUCAAUGCUUUCCUGGAUAUAAACUAGAAGGGGCAGAGUUCCUUGAGUGCAUGUAUAACCUUAUCUGGUCAGAUAGCCCACCUAGGUGCCUUGAUGUGGAAGUUUGUCCACUACCUCCAAUGGUGAGUCAUGGAGACUACAUCUGCCACCCACGGCCUUGUGAGCGUUACAACCACGGGACGGUGGUGGAGUUUUACUGUGAUCCUGGUUACACCCUCACCAAUGACUACAAGUACAUCACCUGCCAGUACGGAGAGUGGUUCCCCUCCUACCAAGUAUACUGUGUCAAAACAGAACAAACCUGGCCAAAUACACAGGAGACCCUCUUGACUACAUGGAAAAUAGUGGCGUUUACUGCUACCAGUGUUUUAUUAGUACUGCUACUGGUUAUUUUAGCCAGGAUGUUCCAGACCAAAUUUAAGACACAUUUCCUUCCAAGAGGCAACCAGGAGGGCUCCAUGGGUGACCCCGACUUUGUGGUGGUGGAUGGUGUUCCUGUCAUGCUGCCUUCCUAUGAUGAAGCUGUAAGCAGUGGCUUGAAUGCUCUGGCACCUGGAUACUCAGCCACCACAGACCAGGGGCAUAUUUUACAGACAGAAGAUCAGAAUCCUCCUGCUUACCCCGGCCCCCGGAUUACAGACAUGCUGCCUAGUGAAUUUGAGACCUGUGACAGUAGGUUGGGCUCCUCUGAACUGCUCCAAAGUUUGUACCCAUCCCCAGCGUGCCAAGCGGCAGCGCUUCCCGGUUCAGAUCGAACUGAUGGAUCCCGCAGCACUGCCGGGGAGGCUGUAUCCACAAGUCCACGGAUCGAUAUUGCAGAUGAGAUCCCUUUGAUGGAAGAAGACCCUUAGCCUGCACAGAGACGUGUCUUCAUUGCACUGCCCUGUUGGAUGACAUGAAUCACAAGGAUUUAGAGACAGAAAUGACUGUCUGUGGAUUUGGGGAGGGUAUUUUCCUACUUAUCAAUCUUCCACACCAUGAUGUCACCAGAUUGGGUGUACAUCUUAAUCCGCAGCAGAGAUAACAGCAUCAGCAUUUGGAACAGCAGCAGUUUUAUGAAUGAAUCCUGGGGAUUUGAUGAGAGCAGAUGUAGAAAAAGAACUGUGGCUUUUUAGAAAUGAAAUGUAUAUCUGCAUCGCAGAAAGUCAUAUGGCUCUGUAAGAAAUACUAUUGGAUUUUGAUACUAACUGCCUCACAAAAGCAUGUCGAAGUAUGUAAAUUUGCUUAUAAAGACUGCUUUAAAUGAUCUAUGGACCUCUAGUUUACGACGAAUCCUUACAAUAUAAAAAAAUACUAGUACUGAAACACAAAAAAAGAGGAAAGAUCCUCUUUGGCUUUCCUAGGAUAACCAGGAAGCUUUUGAUUUAGUUGUUGGUGAUUUUGUUUCAGACUAUGUCUGCAGAAAAUAUAACAGAAAUGUUGGGAUUCAUAUAUACUUUGAUGUAUGAUAGCAAAUAUAUAUAAAUAUAUAUAUAUUUAAAAACUCUUAAAGAGAAAGAAAAGGAAAGACUCCAGGUCACAUAAUGAUCUGGAGAUUUUUUUAAAGGUAAGGCAGAAUUUAUAUAAUUACAAUAUUCAAGGUAAAGUAUCAAUAUUUGUAUUUAUGCAAGACUUCUGUGACUACAUUGCAUUUGAUAAAUCCUGCUAUAAUGAGAGAUCUAGAAAAAGAUAAAAUUAUUAAAUAUGUGCUUAAGAAAUGUUGAACUGCCCUGCUUCAACCCUUCUUAAGCCCCUACAAGUCUAUAUAUACUAGAGUAAUCUACAGUCAUAGCCCAGAACACUGCCUUGUCCCUGUACAUUCUGGUAGUAUUCUGAGCCAUUAUUGUAGAAUACUUUAAAAAAAAAAUAAAGUUCAGUUUCAGUUCUU